CUCUAUACAUAUUGUAUCAAAAAAUAAAUACAUUUUCCUGUAUUUUAUUUUUUUUGUGAGUAUUAAAGAAAACACAAGACAAGAAUGACAUACACAGCGAAUGACGAGGAGAACAAAGGAAGAUCAACGGACAAUAACAAUCACCGUCAAAUGGAUUACAACGAUUGGUUACCAGUCACAGCGUCUAGAGAAGCCAAAUGGUAUUACUCCGCCUUCCACAAUGUCACGGCCAUGGUUGGCGCCGGAGUUCUUGGUCUCCCUUUCGCCAUGUCACAACUUGGCUGGGGACCUGGACUUGUUGCUAUAAUAAUGUCAUGGGCUAUAACGUUCUACUCGUUAUGGCAAAUGGUACAGUUGCACGAAGCCGUUCCAGGGAAACGGUUGGACCGUUACCCCGAGCUAGGGCAAGAAGCUUUUGGACCAAAACUAGGUUACUGGAUCGUCAUGCCGCAACAGCUUCUUGUCCAAAUCGCUUCCGACAUAGUCUACAACGUGACAGGAGGAAAAUCUCUCAAGAAAUUUGUCGAGCUUCUAUUUCCGAAUCUCGAACAUAUCCGUCAGACUUAUUACAUCCUUGGAUUCGCCGCGCUUCAGCUUGUCCUCUCUCAAUCUCCUGAUUUCAACUCCAUCAAGAUCGUCUCUCUCCUCGCCGCCCUCAUGUCUUUCCUUUACUCAAUGAUAGCUUCGGUGGCGUCAAUAGCAAAAGGAACGGAACACCGUCCUUCAACUUACGGAGUCAGGGGAGACACGGUGGCCUCAAUGGUCUUUGAUGCAUUUAACGGCAUUGGAACCAUAGCGUUUGCGUUUGCAGGACACAGUGUGGUUCUUGAGAUCCAAGCAACUAUUCCUUCAACACCUGAAGUGCCUUCCAAGAAACCAAUGUGGAAAGGAGUUGUUGUAGCUUACAUAAUCGUCAUCAUUUGUUACCUUUUUGUGGCUAUCUCCGGCUAUUGGGCGUUUGGGGCUCAUGUUGAGGAUGAUGUUCUCAUUUCCUUAGAGAGACCAGCUUGGCUUAUAGCGGCUGCUAACUUCAUGGUUUUUAUCCAUGUCAUAGGAAGUUAUCAGGUUUUUGCGAUGAUUGUGUUUGACACGAUCGAGUCUUAUCUUGUGAAAACACUGAAAUUCACUCCUUCAACAACACUGCGUCUAGUCGCACGUAGUACAUAUGUUGGUUAGUUCUCAUUUAACUUCUUUUUUACUCAUUUUUUUCAUGGAGAAAUGGAAAACUAAGAUAAUUCUUGGUUUGUGCAGCAUUGAUUUGUCUUGUAGCAGUUUGUAUCCCCUUUUUCGGAGGUCUUUUAGGGUUCUUCGGCGGUCUUGUCUUCUCAUCAACCUCGUACUUCUUGCCUUGCAUUAUAUGGUUGAUAAUGAAGCGACCAAAAAGAUUUAGCGCCCAUUGGUGGUGUUCUUGGGUAGCAAUAGUCACUGGUAUCUCGAUAGCGAUUCUUGCGCCCAUUGGAGGAAUGAGACACAUUAUUCUUUCAGCAAGAACCUACAAGCUCUUCUCAUAGGCUUCAAAUAAAAAGCCUUGCAACCAAACAUCACAACAAACUUAUAAAAGUUUUUUACCUUUUUUAACUUAAGUUAGCCUUCUAGUUGGGGAAUAUAUAAAGUUAGUUAUUUGAUUAUUUGGAUUCUCCUUUCUUUUUAUAACCCUUUCAUCAAGAACUGCCUUCGGAAUUGUUGUUAAGGCUUUACGCGCUUGGCUUGAGGCUGUGACGGAUGAUGUUCUCUCAAAAACUUCAUGACAAAAAAAAAGGAAUACCAUACAAUAUGUGGUCAACCUCAGGCUCUGAACUUUCAGGUUUUUUGGUUUUUAGCUUUUUUUUUCUUUCCUCUUUUUCUUAAGUCUUUAGAUUUUCUACUGCAGGUUAAAAAAAAAAAAAAGCCUAAACGGCUGUAUCAGAACUUUUUGUUUUGGAUUGUAAUAAAACAUCUGAAUAAAGAGAUUGGCUUUACCGUUUUACC